CGGUAAAGGUAGCAAGAGGCUUUCAGGCGAAGAGUUAACUCGAGAAAAGAGUCUGAUUGGGAUGCUUUUCACGCCUCGAUGCGAGCUUCUAGAGGGAAGCGAUAUGCUUGGCAAGGCCCGCGAGCGCAAAGAGUUGCUGUGCCUGUUCAAACACGAUGCGAAGGAAGGCUACUGCAGAAGUGGCCUCACACCACACGCGCUAAAAGUAGGUUCCGCUGAAGGGCUCGUUUUGGCGUGGGUAGUGUCCACGACGGAAUAUCCCAGGACGACAGACGUUAGUAGGCACGCUCGAUGUGGUCGGUGAUUCAUAGAAUCGACACACCGGGAUAAGGAAGGUUAUAGACAUCCUUGAGUGUUGGGUCGGACGUAUGCAGUUGAGGAAGGCACGGUUCGCCGGAUGUCAUGAGAAGGGAAGGAAAGGAUCGGAAGCAGACAAAGCCCUGCCAUGCACGAACGCUGCAAAUCCUUAGGCGAGGACAGGGUCAAGCGACUGUUGCAGCAUCGCGGCGUUCUUGGGUGCAGAAGCGCAGGUGCGGGGGUGAAGAUGGUGUGCCGCGCACGCAAAAGUCAUUGGCCGGCUGGCCAGCGCCCCUUGACGAAGCGUCUUGCUCCGUUCCAGACUAUGCUCAGAAUUGCGGGCUGUCAAAGUGUCGAAAUCUUGCUGUGAUUAUUGAUAACGGUCGAUUGGACGAGCGUUGUCUGAAACGUUGCUACCAUGUGGGCUUGUCAUGUAUGCCUCCUGCAAUGUGCUCGGCAUGCGUUCAUCCACCCGAACCUCAGGCAAGGCUGGUCAGUCCCAGAUGCACCUUAGACCUGAUCAUACCAACGCAAAUUAUGCGAGAAGUUUGGGACGCUGCUCUAGGCGGUGCUGCGGGCCUGACACGUUCAAUCUGGCAAUCAAUGCGAAGCACACCAAAGAUCAGUGUCGUGGGCUCACGGUAGCAUGCGGAAACGAAAGAACUCGAACUGAAUUCCCCGC